AUGACCGACCUCCACGAGGACUUCGGGCCAGCGCUAUGGGUGGUGAACACGAUCUUCAUUGUAUUGUCCACAUUCGCUGUUGUUGCCCGGUUUGCAGCUCGACGACUACGGAAGUUGUCUCUUGGUGCAGAUGACUGGAUGAUCUGUGUCGCCCUUUUCUGGAAUUGGCUAUUAUAUGGGAUAUUCGUGGGAUGUCAGUACAAUUAUGACUCUGGUCCUCUAAAAACUGGCAGUACUAAUACCGACGGGCUUUCAGGUCGAAUUAAUGGCCUCGGCAAGCAUCGAGCCGCCCUUUCACCAGAAAAAGUCGCUACAUUCGUGGAGCUCCUCUACUUCUUCCAGAUCUUCUACGUUCUCGGCCCCCGACAUUCGAGUUUCUUGCGAAUUGUCGACGGCAUGAUCGUGCUCAUCUCUGUGUGGGCAAUAAUCAUGACCUUUCUCGCAAUUUUCAACUGCAAGCCUAUUAGUGCCUUCUGGACAACGGAGGGAACUUGCCUGGACUUUAAGCAAUUCGCUAUCGGCUACGCAAUUGUAAAUAUCAUCUGUGAUUUUGCGGUUUGGUUGAUGCCAAUUCCUAGAGUCUGGAAUAUUCAGCUUCCUAAACCACAGAAGAUUGCUCUCUCCCUGAUUUUUGCGUUGGGUUUGUUUGAUUGCGCUGCAGCUAUGGCCCGCCUUCUGCUCUCAAUGCUUGUCCUCGGUCAGUACGACUCCACAUGGCUCUAUGCAAAGGGAUACAUGUGGUCCAUUAUCGAAGUUUCAACCGGCAUUGUCUGCACAUGUCUUCCAACGAUGCGAGUCCUCCUGAAAACAGCUUUCGGUGGCGCUUUGGCGAGGAUAUUCGACAUUUCCAGCGGGAAGGCCAGCCACCAACCGUCAAGCAAUACACCGUGGUCUAGAACAAAGGAGAAUCCUAAUGAAAUCGGGGAUGCGAGGUCGAUGGAGGCGCUUUCCACCUCCGACCAUACAAACAAUGUUUCGGAAUGGCAUGGUGCAGACUGGGACACGAGCUCGCAGCGGAUUCUAGUCACCGAGGAGGUAGACAUUGAACUUCAGCCAGUCAAACAGAAGACAUCUGGGAAGGUAACUUAA